AUGCCAACGAAUAACACAACCGUAAUGACAACCAACGUUGAAUGGUGGUUGAUUUUGAUAGAUGUAUUAAUGAUCAUAUCAACGGUUUCAGCGAGUCUGCUUGCUAUUGUUUUUACAAUUAUGGUUUUGAUGUAUCGAACAUGUCGAACAGUAUCGAUGAUGUUUAGCAGUAAUUCAUGUCUUGCACAGAUUCUUUUUGGAUCUACGAUGGCAUAUAUAGCGGUGUUUUCAUUCGAAAAUGAUCGACAACAGAGCGCUUAUCAAGAUUCACUUUGUAUAUUACGUGGUUAUUUGGGCUACGUAGGGUGUGGUUUGUUUUUUUAUUCGUGUGCUUUACAAACAAUUUAUCGAUAUAUUGUCAUUGUUCAUCCAACUCGUCUCUCUUGGCAAUCAGCUCGGGUUCAACUCAUCACCAUAUCUGUUAAGUGGUUAUAUUGUUUCUUAACAAUGUUUCCUUGGCUUUUAACUGGUGACAUCACAUACAGUGUUGUCGAUCAAAUAUGUUUAGUCCCAUUACGUUUAUCAGUGCCUAUUGUAUACAACAUGUUAGUGCUUUAUGUGAUCCCGAUGUCAAUGAUAAUCACUAUCUAUAUGAAACUUGUUCAUCAUAUGCAUAAAAUAAGUACUCGUGCAACAUCGGCUAAAACUUUAUUUCAAAUUCGUCGUCAUUUCAUCGUUGUUUGUCGAAUCGUCAUCAUAGUUGUCAUUCUACUUAUUUUGAGUAUACCAUAUACAGUCUUCAAUUUGAUGUCUUUCUUUACAAAACCACCAAAAUAUCAUUUACGUAUUGCAAUUUUAGUACUUGAUAUAUCUCAACCAUUGACAAUGGUGAUUAUUUUCGUAUCGAGCCAACCAGUUAUGGAUAUCAUAAAGAAAUGGAGAUUGUUGCCGGUGAAUUCUAUUCACCCUACAGUAACAUGA